AUGGCUGGGUACUACAGGAACUUCAUCCCGAACUACGCCGAAGUGACGCAGCCGCUCACGAAACUCAUGCGCAGAACGGAGCCCUACGCAUGGGGAAAGGAGCAGCAGCAGGCAUUCGACGCAGUGAAGGAAGGAUUAAGGGACGCGGCGUUGUGCAAUGACCACGCCAGCGGGGAGCUAGUAAUCGAGACGGAUGCCAGCGACUACGCCGUUGCAGGCAUCCUGUCAUGCAAGAGAGACGGUAUGGAGACGCCGGUGGAGUGCAUGUCCCGGACACUCUCAGAGGUAGAGGUCCGAUGGCCGACGCGGGAGAAAGAGGCGUACGCCAUCGUGGUGGCCCUACAAAAGUUCGACGCCUGUGUGCGAGGGCGACGUAUCACGGUCUACACAGACCACAAGAGCCUGGAAUGGAUGUUCCAGGCCAAAAAAGGCAAGAUAGCCCGAUGGGCAACGUUACUCCAGGAGUACGACCUAGAUAUCGUCCAUAAGAGCGGAACGCAGAUAGCGCACGUGGAUGCGCUCAGCCGGUUGGCCAAGGACGCUGUCACGGUAGAAGACCGGAUGACCUGUAUGGCGGUAAUGGCCGCAGCGGAGGAAGAAGGGCUCCCACAAGUGACGGAGUGGCGGCGAGCGUACAAAGGGGUGACAGAGGACGAACGAAGGGCGAUGAAGUUGCAGGACUGGCAAGGGAUGUUGGUACGCAGAGGCCGGGCGUACGUGCCACCGCAGUGGACACGCCGCGUGGUACAGCACUACCACGACAAGGGUGUCGGCACGCACGCCGGCGUGGUGAGGACGUACCGGAGGAGCCAGGAACUGUUCUGGUGGCCGAGACAAUUACAGGACAUACGAGA